CUGCGCGCGCCCUUCGGCACCACGGGCUUCCGCCUCACCAUGGCGCUGUCGGUGCCGCUGCUCUACAGCCUGGUGCGGGCCAUCAGCGAGGCGGGCGCCCCUCCAGGCUCAGCGGGACCCCUGCUCCUGCAGCCCCAGCAGCACCGCGCUGCCGGCUGCUUCCUGGGCACGGGCCUGGACCUGCUUGACAGCUUCACUCUGGUGGAGCUCAUGCUGGAAGGCCGCGUCCCGCUGCCGGCGCACCUGCGCUACCUGCUCAUCGCCGUCUACUUCCUCGCCCUCGCCUCGCCGGUGCUCUGGCUGUACGAGCUCAACGCUGCGACCUCGGCCGUGUCGUCCUGGGGCCAGGCCUCGGGUCCCGGGAGCUGCAGCCGCCUCCUGCGCCUCCUGGGAGGCUGUCUGGUGGACGUGCCCUUGCUGGCCUUGCGCUGCCUCCUGGUGGUGAGCUACCAGCAGCCUCUCUCCAUCUUCAUGCUCAAGAACCUCUUCUUCCUCGGCUGCCGCGGCCUGGAGGCCCUGGAGGGCUGCUGGGACCGGAGCAGUCGACCUUCUCCCAGUCGGGCCCGGGGCGGCUACGGUGCUCCGCCCUCGGCUCCACCACCACCUCCACCACCACCACCACCACCUCAGGGAGGUUCCCAACUGGGCCACAGCAUCUCAGAGAAUGAGGGGGGCCCCAUGGCUAUGUAAAUACCCUGCCCGUGGCUUCCCAGAACAGAGGAGGAAACCCACACAGGGGACCUUGCUUCGGAGCUAAGCGCCCCCAGCUCC